UGGAUUUUGUGCCUUUUUUGCUCAAUCGCCUGAUUAAACACUGGACUGCAAAAUAUGUAGUAAAAGUUUAGGAUAACAAUGGAAUCCUCUUCACCUCCUCCACUUCCACCAUCAUUCACACCUUCACCUUGCUUCUAUUAGGAGCAAAUCAGAGCUGGUAUAAAUGUUACAUCAUGCUCCAUUCCCCAGUUGGACACAUGUAGAGACCACAUUGCAUUAGGACACACCAAUCUCUCUGGGACAGACCAUAACCCUCUGGUCAGGUUAUAAUCUUGGGAUCACAUUGCCUUAGACAGAGCUGGAAGAUGCCUGGAUUCAAGCAGGAAUCAGUGGAUAUAUUCCCAGCCUACAUCCUAGAACACCAAGUGGAAUACGAGGGCCCAGGACCACAUUAUCUAUCUGCACAAGGACACAUUCCUAAUAUGGCCAUCAAUGAUCAUAGAGGGGGUCAGAUUUGCCAUUCUCCUAACCUACCCGACCAACAGCGAGUUACAGAAAAUGCUGAGGUACCCCAUCGCAGAAGGCGGACAACCUUUAACCAACACGAUUUGUUCGUAAUGGAGAGUUUCUUUCAAAUAAACAAAUAUCCAGAUAUAUAUGAACGGGAGAAACUGGGCAAACAAAUCAACCUGCCAGAGGCACGAGUUCAGGUCUGGUUCCAAAACCGGAGGGCAAAAGCCAAACGAGUGAAGGCUAAGGCGGCCAGUAGAGAUUCAGUGUCACAGCUUAGUCUCAGUGGCCAUGGACCCAGGGCCCAUCCUUAUCCACAAGGACUGUAUUCAUCAAUGCCAGGAAAUUACAAAGUGCUUGCCAAACAACACUUGGAACAGGUGGCACAUGUCCAGGGCCCUGCGCCCCAUCUUUAUAGCCAAAGGCCACUCUUCAACCAGGCACCAAGUCCUGUGAAUGGAGAUAAUUUUACCGCACCGGGGAUGUUGGUCCAACAGAUGCAGGCUCCUUCAGCAUCAUUCCACCAUUAUGGAAUGGAUCCCUAUGGCUCCUAUGACCAGCUUUCUGUAGCCGAUGUUGGCCUAAUUGAUGGACAUAAAAUGUGCUGAUUCACCCCAGGAGUCUGUGGUUGACUCGGAAAACACUUUUACAUCUUUGAUGUCAAUUCAUGAAGAGUAACUUAAGGUCAAACUUUUGAAUAGAUU